AUGGAGCAAGCCAAGUCGCUCCGCCCGACGACGUUGGCGCCGCUAACGGUCGCUCUUCCGGAGAAGGGCCACGUCGGCCUCCCGGACGAGCAGCCGCGGUUGCGCCGCGCUCCGAAGCCCCGGUCGGACCCGCCACCGGCGACGACGUACUUUCGCUGGAACCUCGACCAAGUGGAAGAGAAGCUCCGGGCGAAAAUCCAAGAGCGCACCGAACUCCGGGGCAACUUUAUCUACCAACAAGCCUACCGCCUCCUCGAGAAGAACCGAGGCCACGGCAUUGACUUGGCAUCGUUCAAAGACACAAUGGUCAACAAGCUCGGGCUCACGCUCGUCGACGCCGAGUUCGAGCACCUCUUUGCCAAGUACGAUACGGACCAGAACGGCCGCAUCGACAUUUACGAGUUCAUCAACCACGUACUGCCGCACGACUAUGGCGAGCGCACGUCGUGGAUUGAGCAAAGCGACGAGCGCAUGGCGACCGAGCGGCGACGCGCGAACGAACGAGAUCGCGCGAGCUACCUCGCGGGUCGGUUCCUCUCCACCCACGACGCGAGCGAGCUCCGCCCCGACUCGACGCUGCACGAAAUGCGGCUCGCGAUUUACAAAAAGCUGCACGAAAAACACCCACCGGCGUACGCGACUUGA